AUGUCAGCUGGAUUUCGAGAAUACCACAACAUCAAGCCCAGAACUCGAGCAGAGCGAGAAGGCAUGAGAGACCGCGAAGCCAUCGAAAGAAUGCGGCUAAAAGAAAGAAGUGGAGGCUUCCACCACUAUGAAGAAUACCCAGGAAUUAGUAAACCAGCUGCAAGUUCCAGCUUAUAUCUGCCUGAAUCUGAAAGAUUUGACACAGAUUUUGCAGCUGAAGACAAGCGAAGAAGAGAAAUGGAAUACCAGUCACGUCAGCAAAAUCUAAAUCAAAGGAGAGAGCAAGUGAUUAACAGAGAAGUCGGAAGAUGGGAAACGAUGGAAAACGAAGAUAAAAAAUACCAAGAUAUGCUCAAUCAGAAACAGUCAAAAUGGCAGGCUGGGCAGAAAAAUAAUUUAAGCGCAGCGUAUAACCCGAUUACGUUGGAAUAUGAUAGCACAGAACAAGGAUCAAGAUUAAAGCAGCAAGAUGACCAGAUUAGAUAUAGGGCGGGGAUGAGGAUGUUUAAUUUGGACUCAAAAAUGAACUCAGAGUUUAAUGUAGUCACUGGAGAGCCACGCCGCCCACCUAAUCUGCCACCAAGACCAUUUUAA